ACCCUGUCUAUCUCUUUUAGUGCACGCCAAAUUGGCAGUUGCAAUAUAUAGCAGAGAAUCAAUGGCCGCUGCCGCUCUCAACUCCUCGCGCUUACUCCAACUCAAGACCACCAACAAUUCAGCUCAAUGCCGCUCCUUUCUUAGCUCUUCCACCCACCGCUCCUUCAAAUUGAAACCGAUCAUGGCCGCCCUCACUGCCGCACCCACUGUUGGAAUCUCUGAAACCUUCUCCAGAUUGAAAAAACAAGGAAAGGUGGCAUUCAUUCCGUAUAUCACAGCUGGUGACCCUGACCUUUCAACAACUGCUGAAGCACUAAAGGUCCUUGACUCAUGUGGCUCAGACAUUAUUGAACUGGGUGUACCUUAUUCAGACCCUUUAGCCGAUGGUCCUGUUAUCCAGGCUGCUGCAACACGAGCAUUAGCCAAAGGAACCAACUUUGAUAAGAUCAUUGAAAUGUUGAAGGAAGUGGUGCCUCAAUUAUCUUGUCCAGUUGCAUUAUUCUCAUAUUACAACCCAAUACUCAAACGUGGUGUGGAGCGAUUCAUGAGCACUUUGCAGGAUACUGGAAUACAUGGGCUUGUUGUUCCAGAUGUGCCUCUAGAGGAGACUGAUAUAUUGAGAAAGGAAGCUGCCAGUAAAAAUAUUGAGUUGGUGCUGCUAACUACACCAACCACUCCAACAGAGAGAAUGAAAGCCAUUGUUGAAGCAUCAGAAGGUUUUGUCUACCUUGUUAGCUCGGUGGGAGUUACUGGAGCACGGACAUCUGUCAGUGGAAAGGUUCAAUCUCUUCUAGUGGACAUCAAGGAGGCAACGAGUAAGCCAGUUGCAGUUGGUUUUGGCAUAUCGAAACCAGAACAUGUUAAACAGGUUGCGGAUUGGGGAGCAGAUGGUGUGAUCGUUGGCAGUGCCAUGGUAAGAAUACUUGGUGAUGCAAAAUCACCUGAAGAUGGGAUAAAAGAACUAGAGGUAUUCACAAAAAGCUUAAAAUCAGCUCUUGCUUGAUGAAAUUCCCUGAACUCAUCAUCUAGAAUUGCAGCAAAACUGAACUAGCCACAAAUUUUGUUUGUUUUGAACAAUAAAUAUUCAGUUUCCUUCUCUUAAAACUGUGGUGGUUGCUAUU